AUGGAAGAAAAGCUAAAGCCACGCAUGUUCACCACGUAUUCCCCAAAAGUGGGUCUACUAAAAAUGUUUUCUCCAAGAUUAAUAUGUAUCUACGCUUCUUUGCUUGUUUAUGCCUUCCUCUUGCUACCCACCCCUGGCUUCUCUGAUGAAGAAGACAAUCUUCUACAAGGAAUCAAUAGUUUUCGCCAAUCCAGGAACUUAGCAGCGUUGACUAAGAAUGACAACGCCAAUUGCGUGGCUGAUGAAAUCGCAGAAGCAUUGGAACAUAAAGCAUGCAGCUCCAUGGCAGGUCCAAGCAUCAUUACAAGCACCCAACCUCGGUAUGCAGACUAUUCUGAAAUAGUAAAGAAAUGCGACAUUGACAUUAACACUACUGCCGAUGGUGUCAUUUUGCCUGUAUGUGUGCCAAAACGGGUCCCAACUCUUGUGCUCACAAACUAUACGCAAUCAUCAUACGCUAGCUAUCUGAACAAUUCGAGGUAUAGUGAAGUUGGAAUCGGCAAGGAGGAGGAUUGGGUGGUAAUGGUGUUAACAGCCAACACACCUGCCGGAACAUUUUCCAACAUGGUGGCACCGAGGCUUAGUUCAGUGGUUCAUGUGAGCUGGGCUUUGGCUGUGUCGAUAGUGAUUUGGUUCGGAAUAUGGUAA